UAGUUUAGCAAAUACAGUUGCUUUUUUCGUACGAAGUUGUGAUAAUUAUAAAUAUAUCUACACCAGUGCUGUUCAAAUAUGGUGGACAAGUUAGUUAACAGCGAAGCCAAUGCGCGGCGGAUACAGAUGGUGGAAAACUGUUUCGGAACAUCCGGACAGCCGUUGUUUCUUCCUGGACGUGUGCUAGUAGGCGAAGGUGUGCUUACAAAAAUGUGUCGCAAACGCCCUAAAGCACGGCAAUUUUUCUUGUUUAACGAUAUUUUGGUUUAUGGUAAUAUUGUUAUUGGCAAGAAAAAGUACAACAAACAACACUUAAUCCCGCUCGAGGAAGUUCAAUUACAGGCGUUAGAAGAUAACGGGCAAUAUAGAAAUGGAUGGCUGAUACGUACAGCAACCAAGUCGUUCGCAGUAUAUGCUGCGACACAAACAGAAAAGCAAGAAUGGAUGGCACACAUCAACAAGUGUAUCGAAGAUUUGUUGCGCAAAAGCGGGAAAAAACCAGUUGAAACGCAUGCUGCUGUAUGGGUGCCCGACAGCGAAGCAACCAUCUGUAUGCACUGUAAAAAGACUCAGUUUACUAUGAUCAACAGAAGGCAUCACUGCCGAAAUUGCGGAGCGGUUGUAUGCGGUCCAUGUUCAUCGAAAAAGUUUAUUCUUCCGGGCCAAAGUAAUAAGCCUCUGCGCGUAUGUCUUGAUUGCUACGACAACCUGACCUCGAUGAAGCGUGAUGGAAACAAAGCUCAUGCCGGUAACAACAACAAACCAGCAAACUCUACUGAAAGUUCCGGCGAGGAUGAUUCGGGAGACGAUGAGGAAACGCUUAAGGAUAACGUUACCCACGACGAACCCAAGUUUUACGCCGAUGGUAAACUUGAAAAAUAAUACUGUAAGUGCUUUAAUGAAUCCUUCAUAGCGUAAUGCCUGCGCACUCGUGCUAGUAAGUACAUUUGCGGGAGAACAUCCUGUACUGCAUCUAAUAAUCUUAUAUGCAGCAAAACUGAAACUGAUACCAUUUUCAUUUUGUUGUGCACUCUUAUAUUCAUUUUAAUAAUGGUUAAAUUAAUUGGGUAUCUUUAUCAUACAUGUUAUACUUUUAA